AUGAGGAUUAUAUUUUUGCUUACCGCGUUGGUGGGCUUACUUCUGCUUUCAAUUACGCUUAACGCAUUGCGUGAAGGUAAGAUCUUUAGGCGUCUUAAAAAGACUGAAAAACUCGAGCGCUGAAAAAUAUUUUCCUGGAAGUUUGGAUCAUAACUUUUAUUAGUAAAAUAAAACGUUUCCAUCAUUUUUUCAUCCAACUCUAUAUAAUGUAAUGGAGAAUUUUAUGGGCCAUUUGUCUAUCGUAUAAGUAAUCUUUUUUUCUUAAAAAGGCGCACUUCACACUCUUUUUAAAAUCAUGUUUUGCAAAGUCAAGCUUUAUUUCGGUUGCUAUGGUACCAAGAAUGUUAUACGUGCUCAUUACUCCUUGCGUAAGCUCGCGCUUCGACGGUUGCUCGUGACUUGUUCAACAAAUAAUUCCGGAAGAUGACAACAUUUUAUAGAUCUUUAACAUUACUCUGCGCCACAGACAAAACUAAACUCUGGUGUAAAAGCUAUGAAAAUUCUGAUCUUUUGGGAUCAGGGUUUUUAUAUGAUCUUUUUGUUCUUCAAAAAUCUUGCCGUGAACUAUAAUCUGUAACCAAGUCAAAUCUACGCCCACUUUCAAGAAAGGUUUUAAAUCAAAGUUGAUGACCAAGUUCAAUUUUGAAAACUUACAACCUCCUUUUGUUUCUGCAGACCCUGUCAUGGCUGAAAAACCAGAUUUCUUUUAUGAAGACUUCGCAAAUGGAGCAACUGUCAUCGGAAACUGGCAGGGAAAGGUAAAGGUUUCUUUAAGGGCUGCGAUAAACUAAACCAUUAGAGAUAUUUAUAAUCACAUUUGCGCAAACGGCAAAUGAAUUUGUGCCACGUAACCAAGUUUUCUCUUUACUUGUCUUCAAUUGUUCUUUCCUUCUACAAAAAAUUUUCAGUUUCACAUGAUUUCAUCUAUAAGAAAUGCUUUGGGCUGUUUUUAUCAGCUUAUUUUCUAUUUUUAGAAAUUCUUAACUUGAAUCUACCGUUUGCCGUUUGCAGGAAGCUUGACUCUAAAUCUCUCCAUUGUUGUCUUUCUUACUAUAGUAGCCUUUCCUUCUGUUUAGUAUACUUUCGACACUGCUCGCUGGUUUAAAUAACUUUCAAAUUGAAAUCUUGGAUUCUUAUCAUCACCUGUAUUAUUUUGUUAUUUAAAACACUGGACCUCUGUAAACCGACGGUUAAGCCAAAUUCUAAGCAAGAUUUUAUCUUCAGGUAACUGGAGCUAUUAAAAUAUUGUUCGGACUACACCCCGAAGUUUGGUUUCAAACAGUUUACAACAAGAGGAGAUAAAAAAAAGCAUGAUAUAAAAGCGUUAACUUGAUAUUCAUUUACUUAUUUCUAGAAAUGCAAUCUUUGUAAUUAGUCCAAUUAGCAUCAAUUGUAAUUUAUUUUCUUCUUUUCUUCAAACCUUUAUUUGUUUUCUUUGCUGCUGUUACCACAGAAUUAUAUCAUCAAGAUGCAAAUUAAAACCCUGAAACUUGACUUAAAAGUGGUUGUUCGGGAGACUGGCUCUGUACAAGGCGAUAUCUACAGUACCUUUCAAGAGGAACAGGUAAUAGACCGCACACAGUGCAUGUCAGUGCGUUUGAACUUUCACAAAAGUAACGUCACUAAAUGAUUAGUCAAACUUCAAAGCUUGCAUCUAAUUGCUAAAAGGCAAACUUAUUAUUUAUUUUCAUGAAUAAAUUGUGGUUGAUUGAUUUUUUGAUACUUUCAAAAAAAGCGAACGUAGGGUUAGACUUUUGGCCAUUUAACAAUCAAAAGAUAACCGUCUUAAAGCUCAGGAUCAGUUUUACUUUUGCUUUUAAAAUUCUUGUUUUUAUUUAGAAUCACGACUCGCAAACCUGUUUGAACCCAGAAAGUGCACCUGAGUACAACAACCAAACUUGUGAACCCAGGCCUCUGAGUCUAACGGAGCAGACAUGGAACAAAUUACGCAAGAAUACAGUGGCGAUAACAGCUUGGACAUGGAACGGAGUAAACAGGGCAUCAAAAACGACUGUUGACUUUGUGGCGACAAAUGACCUGUAA